AUGGGAGGCGCUGGAAAUAACUAUUGGGUUGUCUUAGGCGGACCUAAACCUGGUAUUUUUCGUGAACAACCAUUCACUGCUCAACUCAAUGGUGCCCAUUACUUCCCUAUCGCCAUCCAUUGUCGGCGGGAUGAAUACGCUCAAAAAUUAAAUCAAUUUCAAACACUUUUGAAGGAUAUCAACGAAUUCACACCUCCACCUGACGCUGUGCGGCUGUUUCUUAACUCAGACAUGGCACAAGGAGUUCUUCGACGAGACCUUCAGUGCCAUGCUAUUCAGGGAUUUUAUGUCGUCAUCUAUGGAUUUACGCCAGGCAUCUACACUACAUGGGAAGACUGUCAUGGCGCCGUAUCAGGUUAUAACAAUGCAAAGUACAAGAAACUCACAACAUUUGCUGAGGCCAUGGCAUGGAUGAUCCUGAAGGGCAAGAAACUCAACGAGGAAGAACCGGUUUGCACUACGAGAGCAGCUGUCUUAAAUUCCUCUGAAUCUGGCUUCAAACCGUCCUCAACAUCACAUGGUACUGAGACUACAAGAUCAGCUGCCUUACAAGCCCGGUUAAUUUUUGACUCUAAGUCGAGCUCACAUAGGCAAUCAUCGGCCUCGCUUGGUGCUAACUUAAUGGUCACACCUAAGGCUCCUCAUACAUGGAGAACAAUGACUCCUGGAUCAGUGUCACAUGCCAUCAGUGCCUCGCCUUGCGUCCAUCAAUUCAUUCGAGAGCUUAGUGGAAUCACAGGUGCACAUUAUCAAGCCUCUCCUCAUGACGAUACUCCGCUUCCUUCUUUUGGUGACAUGGCUGACGGCUAUUUGCAAUCCCAUGGUUACACUGCUCGUGCUGUUCUUUGUAUUGCACAUGCAGUGGAAGUCUCUCAGUCUGGGGAGGAUUUUGUUCGGGAUAUCUCUGGAAGGGGUCUUUCUGUCACUGAAGCGCGAUGGCUGUGGCAGAUCAUAACUGGUGACAAUACCUUCUGA